CGCCACAACGUCCUGUCAGGUUGUGGACAUCCCAACCGCUCCUGCUGUGGCAGCUCGUUAGGCUGAGCCAGGGAGAAGAGCAGCCUACAAGGAUUAAAGAUGUGUCCCCCUAAUGGAGAGAACUUUGGCUCUGCUGGAGAGUGGAAUUAGCCGUCUGGAUCAGCUAUAAGGAGGACUUCUGGAGAAGUACAAGUACAGUGUAUGCGCUGUGCUGGCUGAAGGUGAAACCAUGGCAAGUGCAUCGCUGUGUGCAGCAAAUCCAUCAGCAUCUCAGAGUCUUCGGAAAGUGACUGGUUUUGUAGAAAAUAAAACCACACAGUGCUCAUUUUCCAUUGAAAGUAUUUUAGGAUUGGAGCAGAAGAAGGAUGGCAUUGCAGCUGUGAAACCUCACAGACCAUGGAUAGAUGCGUGCACCAAUUUGGUUUUAGGUGAUGACAAUAAUCCACAUCUGCAACUCCCUGUUGUUUCCUAUGAAAAUUCAUUAUUUCAUGCUAGCAGUGAUCCAAUGCAAGAGGAAAAAGUUUUGAAAUGUGAAAAAUAUUUUUCAGUCACCGAGAGGUUGUCUUUCAAACGAGAAUUGAGCUGGUACAGAGGUAGGAGACCGAGAACUGCUUUCACUAGAAACCAGAUUGAAGUCUUGGAAAAUGUUUUUAAAAUGAACUCCUACCCUGGCAUUGAUAUUAGAGAAGAAUUAGCUCGCAAGUUAGAUUUAGAUGAAGACAGGAUCCAGAUCUGGUUCCAGAACCGUCGUGCAAAACUGAAGAGAUCACACCGAGAAUCACAGUUUCUAAUGGUGAAAAAUAAUUUCACCUCCAGCCUGCUAGAGUAGGAGGAAGGAUGGUUUGCCUUUAUAUUACUGCAGCAGGACUUGAAGAAUUACUGGCAUUGUCACAAUUUGUAUCAAACAAUGAUUAUAUAUUAAUUAUGAUUUUAUGCUUAGAUUUGAAAGAUUAUGAUUUUUCACUCAAAUAAACUGUAAAUAUGUGAAGUAUUAUAAGCUAAUUUUUGUGGAGAAAGUGAACUUUUCCUAUAUAUUUUAAUAAAUGUGUUCAGAAAAGUUUAGAUAUUUUUUUGCAGUUAAAAAAAUAAACCAUAAGUUCUGGGUUGUGUAGGACUUUCAGCUAGUAUGAAUUACUUUGGGCUUCACUGAAGGCAAUUAAGCUUCCUACUUUUAGAAUCUAAAAUUCUUAACGUGCAAAAUAGUUUUUGAUACAUGAAACAGAUCAGCUAUUUAAAUUCUAAUGAAUGGUUUUUAAGAAGAGUAUGACCUCGUUUUCCUAAAACAUUGCUCUCCAUGAAAAUGAAUGGACUAGCAUUAAACUGGGUUCAGUUUGAACAAUUGUUUUGUUAAAAGAAGCUUAAAAUGGUAAUCUUUUAAAUAUAUUUUAAUUAAUUUCUGCUUAAAAUAUUACUUGCCUACUUGUCUAUUUAGUGCUUCAACUCCGAUAUCUUUUUUAAAUGUGAGUAAGGCACAAGGCUAUGUUGAGUUUUGCUACAUGGCUGACAUGAAUAACAGGUUUUGUUCUGAAGCUAAACUAUAUCUGCAAUAAUCAAAGAAUCAAACUGAAUUAUUUCAUCUGGUGCACAGAGAAUGGUUUUAAUAUGCAAGAUGGGAAAGCAAAAAAAGAACGGUAGGGCAAAGCUUUAAUAACUUAUAAAUCUUAAACUAACCAUUCCUUCUUAAAGUAAUGUCUGGCUACUGAGCUGUUACAUAUUCUGGUGUUGGUUUCCAGAUUUGUUGAGGAAACGGCUGUUUUGUAUGAAGUACUUUGAUAUUCACUGGAGGGAAGAACUGAAGCCGGAGUCUUCAGGCUCCAUGACCGUGCUGAUGCAGUCAUUGGCACUUGGUUUCUAUUAGAGUCACUUACAAGGAGAUGGAGGACGGAAUGUGUAAAUGUAAAUGGCAAACAACCAACCCAACAGAAGGCAUUGGGGAAAACAUGGAAAGAACUGCUCAAGUUCUUCUAUUGUUGUAAUUGUCCAAAUGCAGUGAGGUUAGUGCUUCCUAUUUCAAUGUGGAAAUAACAAACUUUUACCUAAUAUUGAAAUGUUAAAUAUCUGUGCUUUGGAUUCAGGAAGUAACAUUAGUAUUUAAUAUUACUAACUGAACUUCUAUUUCUCUUAAGCAUUUUUUUUGAUAGAGCAUUUUAAAUGGCACCAAAUCUAUUAGAAAUAGUUCUAGAGAAAGAAGUUUUACUCGGAUGCAGACCUGAUCUGAGUUAAAGACAAUAUUGGAAAUGCAAGAGUUCUAUUUUGUUUUUCUUUUCACCUCAAGACACGUAGUACCUGUAGCUUAACUUUAGUGCAAGUAAUUUGAAACUAUUGUUUACCUUACUGCUGGAAACAAGGUCUCCAACAGCAACAGAUUAGACUAAUCUGUACGGACCUAUGCCUAAGAACCUUACUCUAUUAUCUGGCAAAUACCUAAAUGCACCUAAUGUCUGUUAUAAUGGAACUUGACUCAAGUGACGGAAGUCUGACAAAGCAAUUUAAGAGGAGUGGAAUAAUAGCAGCACCAGCUCUGGUAUCCAGCUCUCAAUUAGCAAAUGUUACUAGAGGGAUGGCUUGUUCAGUACCGAGUUUUCUACAUAGCGUUGUGGGGAGCAAAGUCAAAUAACAUGAGUGUGCUGUUUCUUUAAUCUUGGCUUAGGUUGUCCUUCCCAAAGUAAAUAUAUCAACAAAUUAAAGGAGAACCUUUAACUUUACGUAUAUGCCUAUUUUGACCAGCUUCGGUCUAAACUGUGGCAAAGACUUUCUUGUAUAUGGUUAGAUUUCUAUCUUAAAAUAUUACUCUGUACUUCAUAAUACUCACUGAUUUUCCUGAUAAUAUACAGCUUUAUGAGUGACCUCAGUAAUACAUGUAAUACUUGUUAGCUAGCUGAGCACAGCUGGUCCUGGUAAGAAUAGUGGAUGAGACUGUUACAAGUGCAUGUUAAAAUCUGGUUCCAUUCCAGUUUUGUAUACUUUGUCUUGUGGUGCGUCUGUUUAUCUACUUUUCAGAUCUGUGAUCAGAAAAACCUCAGUCAUCGUAGUUCCUCAUCUGACUUCAAGUUUGUGAAGCCACAACCUCAUUUUCUUCUUCCAGCUAUGUUGCGUUUGCUAAAGAGCUCCUUUGGCCCUGAGACCUUGGGAUGAUUUCUUACAUUUACAAAGAAAACAUCCAGCAAGAAAGCUGGCUGGUGGUGAGACUUCCCCCUUUUAGUACUGGCAAGCUCUGAUGUCAGUGUUCAUCAACAGCUACAGUUUAGGUUACUGUUAAAUUGAUGAGGGUUUCUUAGAACUGAUUGUAAUGGUGCUUAAACAUGCUAACAGUGCUUUCCUGAAAUAGGAUCCUGUGCCAGUGUCGGUAAUCAGGAUGCAAAGCUGCGUAAUUAUUUGUUUUAAAUUGACUUUCUUCUCUUUCUUGGUGUCCCAAGCUUAAAAAACUUUUCUAGUCAUGAACUUCAGCAAUGCCUGUUGCCAUCCAAAAAAGGUGAUCUGUGCUCGUGGCCUGAAGGCACACCCAAAUUACGCCAAACAACAAGUGCUUCCAAGGUUCUGUUCUAGUAUUGUUACUUGCAGCACAUAUAAGAGCAUAGUUUGAAACAGUCUUUCAAGCCUGCAUUUGUAACACUUUUUAACUUAUAAUUUUGUGUUGGCAAUUAUUUGGUUUACUGAGUCUGUGAUUACAAAAGUUCCAUGGGAGAAGAAUAAUGCUGCGUUCUUAUUGAAAGUAAAUGCAGCCUCAAAACUUCACCCAAGCAUUUCUAUGGCUGGAUUUAACAAACGACUUGUUUACCAGACAUUGAAAUUAAGGUAAUUUCAAAUAGUUGAGAUUAAUUCUCAGGGCUGACUAAUGAUUGAAAAAAAAUAAAAUCAAAGCUUCUUAGAAAUUAUUUGUAAAAAUAAUGUUUGUUAUGAUUCUCUGGCUUGAACUGGUUUCUCUAUCAGUUGUCAGGUUGAUGCUUUUUAUCACUUAAUUUUAUAGGAUUUGCUGUUAUGUAAUUAGCUCGUUACGUGGGGAGGAGCUGGGACUGUUGAGCAUCUCCGGGGUGGGAAGGAGAGAGGAAGGAUUCUAUCAUCUGAUUGCAUCACAAAGGAACUUAGUGGGAUCGUGAUGGGCAAACAAUUGUCGGCAGGGAUUGUAAUCCGGGGAUGGGGAAGAACCAUCAGUUCCAGAUUCCUUUCUGAGGAAACAGACCCCACACUU